AUGCCCAAGUCAAAGCGAGAAAAAGUAGUCUCCCUCACACAGACAGACAAGAAGGGCCGCGAGGGGAAAGAGGCACUCUACCGCAGUAUUCGCGACGCCCUCGAUACCUGCAAGUACGCAUGGGUCUUUUCCGUUGAAAACAUGCGCAACACCUACCUCAAGGAUGUCCGUGCACAGUGGGCAGACUCGCGCAUCUUCCUGGGUCGCACGAAAGUCAUGGCGAAAGCAUUGGGCAACACUCCCGCUGAAGAGUACCUCGAUGGACUUUCCAGAUUGUCGCCCUUACUCAAAGGAACGGUCGGCUUGCUGUGUACAUCGCAUCCGCCAGAACUUGUGGAGGAAUGGUUUGCAUCUUACAGCAAGACCGAUUUCGCGAGGGCAGGUACAACGAGUCCCCUCACAUUCACCGUCCCAGCUGGCGCCGUCUAUACGCGUGGUGGUCAAGUCGCUGCAGAAGAUGAUGUCUUGCUAUCACAUACACUCGAGCCUUCCGUCAGAGGCAUGGGGAUGCCGACGCUCUUGAAGAAUGGUGUCAUUACCCUCUCACAUGACUACACCGUCUGCAAGGAAGGCGACCUCCUCAACUCCAACCAGACUCGCCUGCUCAAGCUCUUUGGUAUUGCUGUUGCCCAGUUUGAGAUUAAGCUGCUGGGUCACUAUGACGCUGACCGCAAGGAUGUGGUCAUCAGGAAGGCCUAG